AGACCCCAAAUGAACUGUCUGCCAUAAUGAGAUGAGAGCAAAAUUUUUAUCGCACAUCAUUCUAUGUUCCUAACCACAUGUAUCUAAGAAGGGCCAUAUGUAUUACGCGCACGCACUCGGACUUUUCAUAUACAAGGUUGUUCUAGUGUAUUAACAUAAGGGGGCGCCGGUCUAAACAACUGCUUCAGACGUUUUGUUUCUUGGAUUUGGAUAAGAAUAGAAGUCAUGGAGCGCACGUCUUUCAAUUAUGAUAUCGGUGGGUGCGUUGUCGCUUAUUUUGAUACGUAACUGACAAGCCUUUAGUGAUUGUUGGGGCUGGCCCUGUUGGGCUUAUGCUGUCGACGUGUCUCGCAAGAUGGGGUUAUCAAAUUAAACACAUCGACAACCGGGCUGAGCCUACCCCGACGGGGCGCGCUGACGGCGUACAGCCUCGUUCCCUCGACCUCCUACGUAACAUGGGCCUUAAGUCCGCUAUUAUGGCUCAUAAACCUGCGAGAGUCUUCGAAGUAGCGUUCUGGGAUCCACCUAGGACCGGCGGGGGUAUCAUAAGAACUGGCACGUGGGCGAGUUGUCCAAGUUUCAUCGACGCAAGAUACCCUUUUACAACGCUUCUACACCAAGGUCGAAUCGAGCGCGUAUUCAUCUCGGACCUAGAGAAGAAUGGCGUGCAUAUUCAGCGGCCAUGGACUAUUAAAAGUUUCAAUUCGGACGAUAGGUCAGAUCCUGAGUAUCCCGUGGAGGUCCGUAUCGAACAUACCGAUGGGACUCAGCAAGAAACCAUCCGAGCCAAGUACCUGUUUAGCGGCGAGGGAGCUAGGUCUUCUGUUCGAGACCAACUAGGAAUUAAAAUCACACACAAGGAUCCCAUCACGCAUGUCUGGGGGGUUAUAGACGGCGUCGUAAAGACCGAUUUUCCAGAUAUUAAGAUGAAAUGUACCAUACAUUCCGAAAACGGCUCUAUCAUGAUCAUCCCUCGAGAGGAAAAUAUGGUUAGAUUAUACAUCCAGAUCGCAUCGUCAACGGAUAAAGACUGGAGUCCAAGAAGGACAGCGACCGAGAUAGAAGUCCAAUAUUCUGCAAAGCGGAUCCUUCAACCAUACUCUAUUGAGUGGGAACGCGUAGAAUGGUACUCUGUUUAUCCUAUUGGCCAGGGUAUCUCAGACAAGUAUACAAUUGACCACCGAGUAUUCCUCGGUGGCGAUGCAUGCCACACCCAUAGCCCGAAAGCCGGCCAAGGAAUGAAUACGGCGUUCCUGGACGCCUUAAACCUCGCUUGGAAAAUUCACGCCGUGGAAGCUGGAUUUGCCGAUCGAGAGAUACUGACGACAUAUGAAUCCGAACGAAAAGACGUCGCAGAGACUUUACUAUCAUUCGACAAUAAGUACGCCAAACUAUUUUCCCAACGGCCACCUGCUGCGAAGGAGGUUCAGGCAGCGUCCGAACAGACCAGUCCCCAGACCGAAGAUAAUGAGUUCGUCCGAACUUUUAAGGAGGGUUGCGAAUUCACUAGCGGUUAUGGUGUAGCUUACAAGCCUAAUGCAUUAAACUGGUCGCCAAUUCAUCCAGCCACGUCCCCUCUAAUAAGUCCAGAUGGAAUCAAACUACGGACGGGGCGAAUUAUGAUCAACGCCAACGUUACACGGGUCGUGGACGCUAAUGUCGUUCACUUAGAACAAGAAGUGCCUCUCAACGGCUCAUUUCGCAUCUAUGUCUUUGCUGGGAGGCCUUCGACUACUUCUCAGGCGUUGAAGGAUUUUGCAUUAUACCUCGGUGAUAAGAGGUCUUUCUACGGCUCUUAUCUCCGAGAAGACAUAGACUCCAUCUCACACCACGAGAAACACAAUCCUCACAGCCUCUUCUAUACUAUCUGCACCGUAUUUGCGGCUCGACGAGACCAGGUCGAGAUCAUACGCGACGUACCAAGUCUGCUCGCUCGAUACCGUGACCACGUCUAUGCUGAUGACAGAUGGGACCAUUGGGUGCCUGAUGCAACAGCUGCGGCUCACGCUAAGAUGGGGCUCGACCAAGAAAAAGGAGGCAUUGCUGUCGUUCGGCCCGAUGGAUACGUAGGUAUUGUAACAGGCCUAGUCGAGGGCAGCGGAACGGUGGACGCCUUGAACGAAUAUUUCAGCGCCUUUUGUACGAAGAAGUUGGGUCAGAAACUAGCUCAAUUAUAGAGAGUUGAUCGCAUGGAGUUGAUCCCGUUGGGUACCUCUAUAUCCACCUCUAUUUUACCCCCAUCUCACUAUAAGUACCCUUCCUAGGGGGAGAUGCUUAUAUCUUCAAAUCAGCAUGAUAAAUAUAUACCCAUAUGAAGAAGCACUGCUGACAUACGGCCAUUGCAUGUAGCUAAAGGAUGAUAUUUAUCGGAAGAUCUACCUAUAGUACCUACAUUAUGCAUGAUUUAUGUAUGGAUUCUAUUACUAUAUGCAUAAGUCCAACAUAUUUCCUGACUCCAGGUGCUACACAUAUGUACAACUAAUUCAAUAGAG